AUACCAUUCCUCUUCUCCACCCUUUGGCUUGUUCUUUGCCUCAUGGUGGCCGUACUCCACCAGCUCUCACUCUCACAUUUCUCAUAGCAUUAUUAUUAUUCUGUGUUUUUCGAGUUAAGGAUCAAGAAAAAUGGAAAGCUACAUAAAUAAUAGUUUCCACCAAGUCAAGUCGAAGCACUCCUCAGAGGAAACUCUGCAGAGAUGGAGAGAUGUGUGCGGGAUGGUGAAGAAUCCCAAGAGAAGGUUUCGUCACACUGCCAAUCUCUCCAAGCGCAGCGAAGCUGCUGCCAUGCGUCGUACCAAUCAGGAAAAGUUGAGGGUUGCAGUUCUGGUUUCCAAGGCCGCGUUUCAGUUUAUACAAGGCAUGAAACCAAGUGACUACAGUGUACCUGAGGAAGUAAAAGCAGCAGGUUAUCAGAUUUGUGCUGAUGAAUUGGGAUCCAUAGUUGAGGGACAUGACAUGAAGAAACUGAAAUUUCAUGGUGGCGUAUCUGGAAUUGCAGAAAAACUCUGCACCUCAACCACUAAUGGCCUUCCUUCUGAUACAGCAAAACUUGAGCGCAGACAAGAGCUUUUUGGAAUCAAUAAAUUUACUGAGAAAGAGGUCCGCAGUUUCUGGGUUUUUGUUUGGGAAGCUCUUCACGACAUGACUCUCAUGAUCCUGGCAAUUUGUGCUUUUGUUUCUUUGAUUGUUGGCAUAGCCACUGAAGGAUGGCCACAUGGGGCGCAGGAUGGCCUUGGAAUUGUUGCAAGUAUCUUGAUAGUGGUGUUUGUGACAGCCACUAGUGACUAUCGACAAUCUUUACAGUUCAGAGAUUUAGAUAAAGAGAAAAAGAAAAUCUCAAUUCAAGUUACAAGGAAUGGUUAUAGGCACAAAAUGUCUAUAUAUGAGCUACUUCCUGGCGAUAUUGUGCAUCUUGCAAUUGGGGAUCAAGUCCCUGCAGAUGGCCUCUUUGUGUCGGGUUUUUCUAUGCUUAUUGAUGAAUCAAGUCUGACAGGAGAAAGUGAGCCCAUACAUGUGACCGAUGAUAAUCCUUAUUUGUUGUCUGGAACUAAGGUUCAGGACGGAUCAUGCAAGAUGCUAGUUACCACAGUGGGAAUGAGGACUCAAUGGGGUAAACUUAUGGCAACUCUUAGUGAGGGUGGAGAUGAUGAGACUCCACUUCAGGUAAAACUCAAUGGAGUAGCCACUAUUAUUGGUAAGAUUGGCCUUUUCUUUGCUGUAGUGACUUUUGCAGUGCUUGUGCAAAAAAUGAUUAGUCGUAAAGUGCAUGAAGGAACCUACUUGAGCUGGAGAGGCGAUGAUGCUUUGGAAUUGUUGGAAUAUUUCGCUAUAGCAGUUACUAUUGUUGUUGUUGCUGUUCCUGAGGGUUUGCCUCUGGCUGUGACAUUGAGCCUUGCCUUUGCAAUGCAGAAGAUGAUGAAUGAUAAGGCACUUGUCCGUAAUCUUGCAGCUUGUGAAACAAUGGGGUCUGCAACAACUAUAUGUAGUGACAAAACUGGCACACUUACAACGAAUCGCAUGACUGUUGUCAAGACGUGCAUAUGUACAAAUGUCAAGGAUUUGAGUGCAGAAGGAAGCUCUACUACUCUGACCUCUGAAAUCCCGGGAUCCACAUUAAAAAUACUACUGCAAUCAAUUUUUAACAACACAGGUGGAGAAAUUGUGGUUGAUGAAGCAGGAAAACGAGAGAUACUAGGAACGCCAACUGAGGCUGCUCUGUUGCAGUUUGCCUUGUCGCUUGGUGGAGAUUUCCAGGCAGAGCGCGAAGCUCCUAAACUCAUUAAAGUUGAGCCAUUUAACUCUACUAAGAAACGUAUGGGGGUAGUGCUUGAACUUCCUGAAGGAGGUCUAAGAGCUCACACUAAAGGAGCUUCUGAAAUAGUAUUGGCUUCCUGUGACAAGGUAAUUAAUUCAACUGGUGAGGUGGUUCCUCUUGAUGACGCGUUGCUAAACCAUCUCAAAACGACAAUUGAUGAGUUUGCUGGAGAGGCUCUACGAACUUUAUGUCUUGGCUAUUGCCAAGUAGACGGGUUUAAUCCAAAUGACUCAAUUCCAACUUCGGGAUUUACCUGUAUAGGAAUUGUGGGCAUAAAAGACCCUGUUCGUCCAGGUGUGAAGGAAUCAGUUGCACUUUGUAGUUCAGCAGGUGUGACUGUUAGGAUGGUUACGGGAGACAACAUAAAUACUGCAAAAGCUAUAGCUAGAGAAUGUGGAAUACUCAAUGAGCAUGGCAUUGCAAUAGAAGGGCCAGUCUUUCGUGAAAUGAAGCUUGAGGAAUUGAAUGAUAUAGUUCCCAAAAUCCAGGUGAUGGCACGAUCUUCUCCUUUAGAUAAGCAUACACUGGUUAAGCACUUGAGAACCACAUUUGAUGAAGUUGUGGCAGUGACUGGUGAUGGCACAAAUGAUGCGCCAGCACUCCACGAGGCAGAUAUUGGACUUGCAAUGGGAAUUGCUGGAACUGAGGUGGCCAAAGAGAGUGCAGAUGUCAUAAUUCUGGAUGACAAUUUCUCAACAAUUGUGACUGUCGCUAAAUGGGGACGCUCAGUUUACAUAAACAUACAGAAGUUUGUGCAGUUCCAGUUGACGGUUAAUGUUGUGGCACUGCUUGUUAACUUUUCUUCAGCCUGUGUAACAGGGAGUGCACCCCUCACAGCUGUUCAGCUUUUGUGGGUUAACAUGAUCAUGGAUACAUUAGGAGCUCUUGCUUUAGCCACGGAGCCUCCAAAUGAUGAGCUGAUGAAGAGAAGUCCAGUCGGGAGGAAGGGGAAUUUUAUUAGUAAUGUCAUGUGGAGGAAUAUUAUUGGACAAUCUGUAUAUCAGAUCAUUGUCAUCUGGUUACUCCAGGCAAAAGGAGAGGAAGUAUUUGGUCUUGAUGGUCCUGAUUCUGAUGAAAUACUUAACACGCUUAUUUUUAACUCAUUUGUCUUUUGUCAGGUUUUCAAUGAGAUAAGCUCCCGGGAAAUGGAAAGGAUCGAUGUAUUGAAGGGUAUGCUGCAAAACAACGUUUUUGUGAGCGUUCUUAGUGCUACAGUCGUAUUUCAGAUCAUUAUAAUUGAGUUCUUGGGUACAUUUGCAAACACAUACCCCCUCACGUUUGGGCAAUGGUCUUAUAGCAUAUUCAUUGGAUUUGUGGGCAUGCCAAUAGCUGCAGUAGUUAAACUGAUCCCAGUGGACCAUCUGAAACUAGAAUGAAGAAUACAUGUUGCCCUCCCCUAUAAUAUGUAAAAGACAUAGCUCCUUCAGUAUUUUUAUAUCUUUCGAUGUAGAGGAUUGAUCUCGGCAUGUGAAAAGGAAUCCAGGUAAGAGUGUUUAGCUGCCAAGAAGAAUGCAAUGGUGCUGGUGUGAUAGAUUUGCCUGAUGGCAGUAUUUGUGAGGCAGUCACUCUGGUAAUGUUAGCUUACUGACAUGCAUCUGCUUGUCAGUUUUUAAUGAUAAUUAUCUUUUUUGAUUAAUGUCAUGUAAAAUUUCAGAUUACCAGCUAUUUUGUUUUAGAAUUCUUAAGAUUUUAGUUCUGCUGUAGCUCAUAAGAUGUUAGCUUAUUGAUAGGCAACUGCUUGUCAUCUUUAAUGAAGAUUCUUUUUUCUUU